AUGGGUGGAGAGGCGCCGCCGAAAGAAGGGAAUGCGGGGUCGACGUUGACGUCGCCGCUGCCACCACCACUUCAGUGUGAAACAACUGCAGCAAUUAGUGAGGCAUCAGCCACAGUAGAGAGGACAUUCUAUGAAGAUACACUGCUGCCGUAUUCACUUCAGUGCAUUCAUCCUCGCCUGCGUGAAGCCGUCGAGGUGCGAGACCGCGCGGCAAUUUUGCGCGGUACUCAGUUGCUUCUGGAAUUAGGAACACCAGACGAAGUGAGGCAGCGCGUUUCUUUGCAGCAGGAGGAGCCAAACCUGCAAUCGACGCAGCCACCACAGCAAGAGCAGUGCUUGACAUCGCCGGCUGGGCUUGGGAAUGGUGGGGAGACGGACGUCGUUACUCCACUUGAACCCGCGCACACCGCCCCCGCCACUGUGUACGCAACCCUUCAUGAGGCUGAUGAAGAGCUGGAGCGGCGCUGUGUCUUUUUUCUUUCAACUUUCACUGAACGAGUGGAGGCGUACCAUGUACCCUAUGAUGUGCAGCGUCGCGUGGUGCCGCUGUUGUACGCAUGGCUGGUAGACUGGGACUUUGUUCUGCGCAACACCAAGUGCUGGGAAAGUGUUGCGGAGUGUUUCAGCCGCGUGGUGCAGUCGCGUCGGCGGCGCCUCCAAGUGCGGCCUGACUUUACUCUCCCGUGGCGUCCACUUGUUGAGCUCCUGAUGUCGCUCUUUUUUCAAUCUGGACGCGUAAUGGAGAUGCACGCCUUCAAUGGUGUGCGCAUGGCCGUCGGGCGGCGGCUGGAGCGUGUGUGCGAAUACGCCGCGCUGCACUUCGGCGCGGAUGCUCUGGCGGGGCUGUGGGAGACGUUUGCGCCGUACUUUUCACCGGAGCGAGAAGAGGCGCCGCUGAUGUUGUGCCUGCUGUCGCACCUCAUCCCUGUACACCGUCUUGUCGACGACGACACGGGCGCGCCGCUGCAGCUGACAGAGCGCAUUGUAAAGUUCUUCCUCGCGGAUUCACUCUACUGGCAGCAGCAGUCAGGGAACUGGAUGGCGUACUCGCUCAAGAUUGUCUUCAAUAUGUUCCUCCACCACGUGGGCGUGAUGGACUUUGACAAGUACGCGGAGCCGCUCUUCUCGAUGAUGCUUCUCGAGUUGCGGCUGCCCAUCGUCCGCGAUACAGCGGUGCCACACCGGCGUCUAGGCUUUGACAUGCUUGGCAAGAUCUCCCUCUUCCACAUUGACAGACAUGAGAUGGCGUCUGCGGAGGGGUUUGUCGGCAACAUGCUCCCGCGCCGCACGGACUCACCGUUGUGGAAUCACCUGCGCCGCUUUAUCCUCGCGACGAGUGUGUACCUGCGCCCCAACGCCACGGAUUUUGCUGUGCUUAAUCGCGUCUUUGUAUUUUACGGCAGUCUCGUGGCGGUCGUGCACCGGCGGAGGAGGUUCCAGGCAAGGUAUGAGUACACACUCGCAACUCAGCCCUCAAAGCUCGAGGGGCGAUUGAUUCCAGAAGAGUAUUUGUGGGACCGUGAGGCGAUGGAAUGCUUCGUUAAACUCGUGGCUCCUGUGCUGCUUUCUUCUUUGCACCACCGUCUGCAUGACGCCCCACGCGUCAUUGGCCUUCUCGCAUCACUUUCACCUACAACCCUGCAGCCGCUUAUUUUGUCGUACGUGAAUGCCGGUCUGCGGAGCCGCGCAGAGUCGCCGGGGCAGCGCAUUGUGGCGCUGCGGCUGCUGACCAAGUCGCUGUACCCACUCAGCGAGUGCAGUGAUACCCGUGAGGAGUGCUGGUCUUUUAUUGCCGAUGUACUACCGCUGCUUCUACCGUGGGUGAACCCAAGUGAGUUGGAGAUUUCUUCUCGGGUGUUGGACCUCAUUUUCACCGCCUGUUCCGUCGCAAAUCUGCGCAACCUGCUGGGAGGUCAGGAUGAAGAAUGCGUCUUCGCCGUGACGCUCGUUGAGCGCAUCUUCGACUGCUGCAGCCAUGUGGUAUUUACUGAGGGCAAUAAUAUAGAAUUGUUGGUGCAUGUCAUGCGUGCCAUUUCUCUUAACGUAAGCGAUGAGACGUUUACCUGCUGUAUAACUAGGGCACUGAAGGAGACAGAGGCGCAGGAUACGCUGUCGAAGGCGUGCGCGGUGAGUUGCUUGCUGCAGCCGCUCGCCCGCCGUGCCCCAGAGCGUGUCCUGCGCUGGGCUGCCCAGUCGUUGAUGCAGCCACUGCAGAGUGCCUCCACCCCGGACGGAGAGGUGCAGUGGUGUGCUCAUCUGCUCGCUGGGUGUGUGCGUGGCGCCGGCCUAGCAGCUUUUGCACAGCGGCACGAGUUGCUGCGGUGUAUUCAGUGUUUGGUUUCGCAAAUUACGAAACAACAGCGCGUUCUUGCCGCGGCAACACUCUAUUCUGCAGUGUACGCCGCUUUCACGGAGGUGGUGUGCACGGAUGCACGUGCGGUGCAGUCGCCCGCACCAAAGACUGCUGAGUCCGCCUCGAAUGUCUCGGAUACUUUGGAGUACAACAGCACACAGGACGCGUAUGAGGUGAGCAUAGGCUUUUGCCGAAGCAGCACGGUGCAGUUGGUGUGGCGGGAAGCGUCGCAGGAGCACGUCACGUACGUGUCGGAGAUGUACCGGCGUUUUGUAUUUGACAUUGUGGACAUCAUUCACGGCAUUGAGCACGUGGUGCCGCCUGCUCUGGGUGAAGGCAGCGGUGGGCUUCGACAACUCCUCUUUGUCAGCAAAGGCGACAGCACUAGUAGGAGCAAAAGUAAGGAAAAAUAUAAUAAUAACACCGACAAUAACGUUAAUUAUGAAAGUGGGGAGGAGACGACAGUUCGUUUGGAUGAGAACUGCGAUCCGUUUACUCCGCAAAAUGUCCUGCGCGGUGUUCUGCUGUGGCUGCGCAUCGUGCUCGACAUCAACCGGGAGCUUCGCACCCAGCAAUGCGUGGUGGAGGCUCCUAACAUGAUGCCGUGGUGGAUGCAGAACCCCAAGGCGCCGUGGCUUCUGCCGUUGCCGCCAUCAUUGUUAUCGUCAUCAACGGCCUCCUCUUCACUGCCGUGGUCGCAGGAGGCGGUCCAUGACCUGCUGCUUGAACACACACUACGACGUGUUGCGGGAGGUAUGGUAGAUGGCAGCGUCAUUGCGGCUGCACUGCAGCUAGACCGCAGCCUUGUGAUGAAAGGGAAACCUCCGCUUGACGAUUCGCACUCGACUGAGGUUGACGCGCGCAGCCUUCGCUGUGUGCUUUCCAUCCUCGCCGAGCAAUGCAACAUUGACAUUGGCGCCCCGCUCAAAUACGACCAUUAUCGUAUGAUUAAUCAAGAUCCGGAUAUUUUUGAACGGAGUGUCGUGGAAACGUUGACGGGACGACGCUACUUUCCCACCAUGUACUGGCGCAUGAAGGCAGAGUCCUUUACCUGUGCCCGUCGGUCGCUCCUUCUGCAUGCUGUGCCGCCCAAGUGUCUUACCGAGGUGCUCUCGGUUGCCCACAUACUCCUUUUUUCGCCGUAUCGUUUGACGCAGGCGGACUGUCGUCAUCUUUUGAUCGAAUGUAUGCCGCUUCUGGGCCGAAAGGCGGUUCGUGACUUCCUAGAGCAGCACCUCUUGUGGCUUGAGCGGAUUGCAGCACUCUGGACGGAAGAAAUCGACACCAACGGCACACAAACGCAUCACCAGGAAAUUGGUACUGCAGAUACUGUUGCGACAAUUGAUGACGAUGACGCCGGGGACGGCUCAUCCAGCGAAGGUGUCGAUGACAUGGAAACGGUCGUCAGCCCUACGAAUCACAGCCACAUCAACGGCAACAGCAAUAACACGGAUGCUACGAAGGAUCAACGGAGUUUCCCUUCGGGGAGAGAAGGUGCUGUUCAACGCUCGUCGCAGGUUAAGAGCACGCUGUCUAGCGCACUUUCCCUCGCUGCAAUGGGAUUCAAAAGUCCACAUUUUUUGUAUGACAGUGAUCUAAUCUUGCAUACAUACGAGAUGAUGCUACAGUUUCCCGAACAUCUGAGCUUAAAGCGGGUGGGGAAUUGCAUCAAUGCUCAGAAGACAGCCAGCCUGAGUGGCCUGUCGCCGAUGGAGAAUGCACGCGCAGUUCGUUUGUGUGAUGAGCUCCUUGCGUUGACAGUGAGAUUUGCGAACGCCGCACCUAUCCGUGCUCUGAGCUGCCUCAUGAUGGUUGUUGCUCUCUACCGGCCCUCGAGACUGGCACUGCUUUCGCCUCACAGUGUCUCCUUGCUAUUUCGGCUCUCCGUCAACAGUCAUGAAAAACUGCGAGUUACCUCGUUUCAUAUUCUUCAAACGGUUCUGUUGUCGCUGAAGGAGCCUCACGCCAAGGCGUAUGUAGUGAUGCGGCGCGGGGCGUUGGAAGAUGAAGGAAAUGUCGCCUUCUUUCGCCACCGGUAUGAAGUUCUGAGGCGUGAGUGUCCUACUUUUUACGGGCUUCGUGACAUGGGCCUUGUCUUUAUACCAAAGGCAUUGCGCAUCGACGCAGAGUACGUGUCAAUGGACAUGUUCAACGAUGGGGAGGCAGUGACAGUACCCGCCGAACUUGUGGUGUUGCGCAAGGUGUACACAGAAGCUGCUGAAGUCAAUGCACGACAGCAAGCAAAAAAUAACACAUACAGUCGACAGGAGCUGAUUACGCUAAUUAGUCAUCUCUCUGGCAUUAUUGAAGAGCAAAACUUGUCUAUUGAAGUGUCGGAUCAUCUGGACAGCGCAGCAGAGACGAAGCUGCGGAAAGGGUGGAUGUGGGAUGUGAUGCAAUUAUGCCACGAACAAAAGACGUUUUCUCAGUGCCGAAUGCGGAUGUGGAAGGCGCUUGGGAAACUGCUUGGAGUGGAGCCGUCAGUGCGCAUGUUCAUACGCAUAGUUCGUCUAAGGCUGAGCGACUACGUGGAACUUGCACGUGGCGACAGUGUCGCUGCCAGGGAGAGCCCGCAAUGGCUCUUUGCUUGCCUUGCUGAUGUGCUGGUAGCCGCUGUUCGUGUGUCGAAGCGCCACCCUGCUGUGCGUGCGGAGGCACUGAAGUGCUACCAAGAGACUUUGAUGUUUGUGUGCACAAGCAGCCUCGUGCCGCAUGAAGUGCUCAGUACUUUUGUACAGACUACCUCCGCGCUGACAGGCACGCUCACGGCGGCCGAGGUGUGGUCGCUCUAUAAACCUCUCUUCGCGACUCUGACGCCGCCGAAUGAGACGACCGCGCGGAAUCCACUGACGGCUGACGGCGACGUUGAUGACAGCACUACAUCUGAAGCUCCGUGGUGGUUGGGUAGGACUCAGGAGAUGGUGCGUGUGCUGACAGUCAUGGUGCAACUUGUGUAUGUGUUUUCAUAUGAGAUAAAUGUUGUCUUGUUGCCACAAUUGUGUCAACAGAUAAUGGCAAAUAAAGAUGUGUUUCUUUACUGCACUCCCACUCGCAUUCGUCGGUGUGCAGCGGGUGUGAUUCAUCAAAUCAUGCGAAUGUGUCUCCACCAGAGUGUGCACAUUCCAUCCAACGUGGAUGUACAGGACAGCGUCGUCAAUUUUAUUGACCGCUUGGAGCGGCUGGUAGAGCUUCCGCCGUUGCCCCCACUGGAGCCGCUGCCGACGCUGGCUCCGUGGAGUGAGACUCCCGCGUUGACUGCAAAGGCACACCCCUUCAUGAGUGGCGCGGUCGCUAUGACAGCUUCCGCGGCUGCUGAUGCGUCGCUUUCGCUGAUGUCGGCGUCGUCACCGCUGUGGUCAGACGCCUUCAGCCUUGAUGGCGGCCGCGGCGCGUCUCCCUGCACAAUGCUGUUGACAGUGAAGACGUUUGCGUUGUGUUGGCCCAAUCCACCGGCACCACUUCUCAACAUGAGGGUCAAAAAUAUAAUUACAAUCCUUGCGCGGGCACUUGAUAUCCCUGUGACAGAGGUGGACGACCUCGGGUACGUGGUGCAAUACACACUCUGCAGCAUCGCUGACGUUCGGUUGCCAAAGAACACUAUCCACGGCGUUGUGGAGCUGCUAUGUGAAAUACUGGAGGAGAAAAAGCCGUAUGGCAAGUCGCGGCAGGCAAAGGUCAUUCUGAGCCACAUGCUAUGCCUUGUUCUGUUCAAUAACCUGCAUCGUAUUGGAAAGUUCUCGGUGAUGCAGGCGGUUACACGUGCUGCUAUGCAGUCCAUUGGUCACGGUGACGGACGGGUGCGGAGUGAGGGAAGAGUUCUGCUUGCUGUUCUCACCAGGGUGGCCUCCGUGGACCAAGCCGAGGCGCUUGUACAAGGCUGCUUUCUGGAACUGCGGGACCUUACCGCUGCAGGUGUGCCAUUUGCGGCGACAUCAGGCAGUAAUAGUAACAUGGGUGCUUCACUUUAUUACACAUUGGAGGAAAACGUCCGUCGGCGGCGACGCAUCGCUUUGCUGUUGGGGCUGUGCUCUAUUCUGUGUGCUAGUCCUGGUGCUGUGCCAAAGUACGUGCCGCGCCUGAUGGAACGCCUUGCCGCGUGUGCGCACGACCCCGCGCUGGAGGUGCGGCGGGGGGUGAAGCGGGCUUUUGAGGAGUGGUGGCUCUCGCAUCGCGAGGGAUGGGAGUUGGAGCACAAGCAACACUUUACCGCCGCACAGAUUGAGGUGAUGUCGCCCCUGUUCACCGCGCCCAUGUACCUCGUCUGA